CGGCCCGACUCCGCGCGCUCCGAUGUCGUGAAACUCGUGAACGCGCUCGCCCCACCCGCUCAUUGCCGACUUGACCGCAACCGUGGAGCGACGUACUCUUGGCAACGCGUCUUCCUAAUUUAAAUCGCCAACUUUUUUUUCACCAAAAAACACUAUAAAAACACAACUCAGUCAACCUCUCGAACACAACGAAACGUUCACGAUUGAACGCGGUCACCGAAACAUCUUUUCGCACGCCGAAAAAGUUUUUAACUGCAAUUUUAGACGGCGAUUUGCGGAGCGCAACUCGCUUUCAGAAUAAUUUUGUUUGGAAUUGUUUUCUAAAUUUUUAGAGAUAUUUACCUAGUUUUUUUUCUUUGUGACGAUUUCGACAAAUUUUCAAUAGACGUGGAGCAGAUAAGGAGCGAAAAUGUCGAAAAAACAUCUUCACAAUCAAGCUGCGAUACCGUUAGCCCCGGCGGUGUUUAAGAAACCCCAAAUGCGGCCCAUGAUAGCCGAAUAUGACCCCAAGAAAAAAGGAGUCAGAAAUGACUUGUCAGAUGUCGUUAUGGUCAAGUACAAAGUUGACCCGAAUGAGAUCCCUGUGGAACAACAGGCGGGGUCAACCCUACCUCUUAUGGAGAUUCCUGGUCGGGAUGUGGAGGCGGACGAAGACUAUAAUCCGUUUGAGCACAGGAAACUUGCUCAUCCUACAUCAGACAUGGACACUCUCAUCCAUCUCCUAAAGGGCUCCCUCGGAAGCGGUAUCCUGGCUAUGCCAAUGGCAUUCCUGAACGCAGGUCUCUACUUCGGGCUGGUGGCCACGUUCGCGAUCGGAGGCAUCUGCACGUAUUGCGUGCACGUCCUGGUCAGGACCUCGCAUGACCUGUGCAGAAGAAUGCAAAAACCAUCUCUGGGAUUUGCCGAAACCGCUGAAGCCGCAUUUUUAUCUGGACCUCCCGCAAUGCACAAGUUUUCUAGGCUUGCUAAAGCAAUGGUUAAUUGGUUUUUGGUAAUAGAUCUACUAGGCUGCUGCUGCGUCUACAUAGUAUUCGUCUCCAAGAAUGUCAAGCAAGUUGUGGAUUAUUACACAAAGGAUUCCAAGGAUUAUCAUGACAUCGAUCUCAGAAUUUACAUGGCUGUGCUUCUCCCUCUUCUUAUCACGGUGAACUUGAUCAGGAACCUGAAAUAUCUCGCACCAUUCUCAAUGAUUGCGAACCUUUUGGUCGGAACCGGCAUGGGUAUCACCGUUUACUACCUCUUUCAAGACGUGCCAAGCAUUAGCGACCGAUCACCUUUUGCUGGAUUCGAACGCUUGCCAACCUUCUUUGGAACUGCUAUCUUCGCUCUUGAAGGCAUUGGUGUUGUCAUGCCCCUUGAAAACAACAUGAAGACGCCGACUCACUUCAUCGGAUGCCCAGGCGUUCUCAACACUGGCAUGUUCUUCGUGGUUUCUCUGUACGCCUUCAUCGGCUUCACCGGAUACCUCAAGUAUGGGCCAGACACUCAGAGCAGCAUCACGCUCAAUCUGCCUGAAGACGAAGUAUUGGGACAGAGUGUUAAGCUGAUGAUCGCUGUAGCAAUCUUCUUCACAUACAGUCUCCAAUUCUACGUGCCCAUGGAAAUCAUCUGGAAGAAUGUUCGUCACUGGUUCGGUGCCAAGAAGAACCUCGCCGAGUACAGCAUCAGGAUCGCUCUCGUGGUGAUGACAGUUUGCAUAGCUAUUGCCAUCCCGAACCUUGGACCCUUCAUCUCGCUCGUUGGCGCCGUCUGUCUCUCCUUCUUGGGUCUUAUCUUCCCUGCCGUGAUCGAAACUGUCACUUACUGGGACCGACCUAACGGACUUGGCACAUGCUACUGGGUGCUGUGGAAGAAUCUCUUCCUUAUUUCUUUUGGAAUCCUCGGCUUCCUCACUGGUUCCUAUGUAAGUGUUCUCGAUAUAAUCAAAGGAGAAGAUUAAUCUAAGCAGCGCAUGACUACUCGGUAUACGGCUCCGAUCCGAAUAUUAAGGGUUAGGAAUUAAAAAGUGAAAUUACCUUUAUAAUUCUGGCUAGUUUUUUAUUAUGUUACAUUUCAAUAAACGCUAUAUUUCCGACUUACAAAAAUUUUAUUUUCUGUAAUGCUCAAAUAUCUUUGUUUGAGAUUAUAUUAGUAUUUUAUAAUUCACGUGCAGUAAGUAGGUUGUGUUUCUUAUUGUUACUAGCUCCGAACGCCUCUGUAGCCAUUUCCUAGAUGUAAGACAUGUAUGUAGAUAAAAUAUCUAAAUUAAAAUGUGUGAGAAUAUUUCUAGUGCAUUAUCGAAAUGUGAUACAACUCUAGGUUAGUAAAAAAAGGCAUUAGUUGCUACGUAUAAGAAAAUUUUACUUACAAAAAUUAUAAUUUUUGGAUCUACAUUUAACUAAUUAGUUGCAAGUUUGGGAACCCCAUUAUUAUGUGACAUACAACUGUAGUGGGAACAAAUCAUUUGUUCCCACAAUAUGGCUAAAACCCUGCGGGUUGUAAAUUCGAAAACAAUGUUGGUGAUAAGAUGGCAUUUUUCAUUACCAAAAAAGAUAUAUCUGCUUAGGUAGUACGUAGAUAUUAAUGUCGAGCUUUUUUAAAAUUUAUGAACUGAAGCAUUUAAUCUUGAGGUGCCUAAGGUACGUAAGUAAGAUUCAUCCUCAGUAUCAUGAACUUGAAAAUGUUAUAGUGAGAAAAUAAUAUAAUUAAAAAACAAAUUAAUAUGUAUUAUUUGUGAUUCGUGACAGUAAAAGAAUCUUCAAUAGAGUUAAGAUAAUAUUGACACAAAGUGAAAAGUUUAAUGUUUUUGUUAUACAAACACCUGAACACAACUGAAAAUUUUAUGCCUUGAAUCAAAUUGUUGUAUUGAAUCUGAUCCUUAGAUUUAGGAUAAAGACUGUCAGUAUUUUUUGUAAAAUUUUCUUUAGAAAGAAGAGAAAUUUCUGGUGACAUCUCAAAUAACGUACACACAAACUCGAUUAUGCGAUGUUCCUUAUGUGAGUCAGUUUCUGAUAUUUAUUACAUAAUAAUCUGGUUGGAUGUGUGCGGUUAGCAUAAGUGAUUUACUGAUUAAGACUAAUAACGUAAAUAUACAUAGAAUGAUUGCUAUAAAAACUAGGCCCUUUUGCCUGGGGUUGUAUUAGUCAUUCUCUUAGUUGUAAGUUUUCAUCGGGCUGUAGGCCAGGAAUUGCUUUUUUGACAAAUAUGAUUAUAUAGGUAGUCCUUGGUGUUGACAAAGAGAUCAUUCUCUUACGAGCUAAAAUUAAAAUUGUAUGGACACACAACAAUCAUCUGUCUAAUUCAAAUAAAUAUUAUAAUUAUUUUUCAUAUUUUAACUAAGAUUUUGGAGAAAUCAUGUCUGAUAUUUUGAUGGAGUGUUUUAAAUCUUUCAUAACGAUUACAAAAGUCAAUUUGGUAAAAAAUCAAUAAUUUUUGAAUACAUGUACUCUUGUUAUGCCUAAUAAUAGUAAACAGAUAUUGCUAUGAAAAUUUGAACCAUUUUCGUAGAAUUUA